GGCGAACGGCGGCCCCUCCCGCCUCGCUCGCACUGCCCCAGUUUUCUGCGUCCCCCCCCCUUUCCCUGUUUCCUCGGUGGCCGCCCCCCGCCCCCGCCCCCGCCCCUACACACUUAGUCCCACCCCUCCCGGGUCCGUGCCUGGUUUUGGGAGCAGCCGGUCGGCGCCUCGUUCCCUCCUCCCGGGUCCCCUCCCUGCUCUCCCCCACCUGCCCCUCCCGGCCGCUCCUGCCGUAUUCUCGGGGGAUCUCGGGCGGCCGCGGCUCCUGCAGCAUCUCCGGGCAUGGGGCCGUGCGGGGCGCUGCGGGCGGGGGCCGGAGCCACCGUUGCCUCUGCCUAGGGGCCGGUGCCCGAGCCGUAGCCGGAUCUGAGACCAACCAGGAGCAGAAACAGGAUCCGGAGCCAGAACCAGAGCCGGACCCGGACCCGGACCCGGAGCCCGACCCGGAGCGCAGCGGCCGAGCUGGGACCGCGGAGACGUGUGCGCUGCAUGGCCCGGGGAGGCGGCCGGGGGAGCAGAGCGCAGGACAGUGCCCAGAGAGGGGCCCAGGAGCAGCUGCCCCUUUAGCAGUCGAGGGCAAGGCCAGGGGCCAGGAAGGGGCCUUGCUGUGCCCACGUGGACGAGAUGCUCUGAGGCGACAGGGCUCCGAUUGGGACCAUGAAAGGCCUCAGUGGGGACAGCCGAGGCCGCCAUCUUUCAGACAGCUUGGAGCCACCCCCCCCUGAUGCCCUAUUCCCCGGAUCUGAUCGAAAUCCUUACCUGCUGUCUCCAACGGCAACAGUAACCGCUGAUCCCUUCUCCCGGGAGUCUGGCUUUCCAGGAGCCUCCACCGGGGUGGCCGGAGACACCCUCUUUCCUCUGCCCAGCCCCCUGCCCACCAGCGGCACCUUUCCUCGCCUCCACUACAAUUCGCACUUCGAAGUGCCUGAGGAGGGCCCCUUCCCCAGCCAUGCCCAGGCCACCAAGAUCAACCGGCUGCCAGCCAACCUCCUGGAUCAGUUUGAGAAGCAGCUGCCGGUCCAUCGUGAUGGCUUCAGUACUCUCCAGUUCCACCGCGCAGAACCCCGGCCACGGGGGGAAAGCCCUGGGCGCAUCCGUCACCUGGUCCACUCGGUCCAGAAGCUCUUCUUUGCCAAGGCCCAGUCUCUGGAGGGUGGUGGCCUCAAGGGCAGCGGCAAUGGGCGGAAAGGCGGAGCUGGGGGUGGGGAAACCGGGAAAGGCCGGAGGGCCAAGGGCAAGGAUUCGGGCAAGACAGCCGAGCCCAAACGAAGGAGCCGCUCCAACAUCUCGGGCUGGUGGAGCUCUGAUGACAACCUGGAUAGCGGCAACAGUGGGGACUGCGGUUACCGGCCCUCUGCCGGCCUGAUGACGCUGGGCCGGCAGCCGGAACGGGCACAGCCACGCUACUUUGUCUACAACACCUUCAGUGAGCACAUGCUAAAGGCCGCCAAGAACAACAGUGAGCUCCCCCGAGCGGGGGCAGGAGGGGGAGGAGGAGCACCCCCUGCCAGCUUGCCUGCCAGCACUGAGCCCAGCUAUGGCAAACGGGGCUCCUGGUCCACUCUGACCCUCAGCCAUGCCCGGGAGGUCUGCCAGAAAGCUUCAGCCACCAUCGAUAAGGCCCUGCUUAAGUCCAAGUCCUGUCAUCAAGACCUGGCCUACCACUACCUGCAGGUGCCCCCAAGUGAGUGGAACAGCUCUCUCUCCAGGACGGGAGGAGACAGUGAGAUCCCUUGCAGACGAAUGCGCAGCGGGAGCUAUAUCAAGGCCAUGGGCGAUGAAGACAGUGAGGAUUCGGACACCAGCCCCAAGCCAUCUCCCAAGACAGCUGCCCGGAGGCAGAGUUACCUCAAGGCCACCCAGCAGUCGCUGAGUGAGCAGAGCACCACCCACAGGAGCUUAGACCGCCUUGACUCCGUGGAUAUGUUGCUGCCCUCCAAGUUCCCGAGCUGGGAAGAGGAAUAUAAUCCUAUUGGCAAUAGCAUUACCGAGUCCAGCUGCAUCAAUCAGAUCUUUGGACAGGCCUCAUUUGUGCCUCAGAUAUUUUCCCAUGAGGAGCAGGUCAGAGAGGCAGAGCUGAGUGACCAGUACGAGGCUGCCUGUGAAUCGGCCUAUAGCGAGGCUGAGUCAGCCACUGCCGAUGUGCUGGACCUGCCUCUCCCCAGCUACUUCCGUUCUCGGAGCCAUAGCUAUCUUCGGGCCAUCCAGGCAGGAUGCUCCCAGGAUGAGGACAGCAUCUCCCUCCAGUCCCUCUCCCCUCCGCCCACGGGCAGCAGCCUGAGCAGCAGCCGCACACUGCCCAGUUCAUCAUGCCUAGUGGCAUAUAAGAAAACGCCGCCUCCAGUCCCCCCCCGGACCACAUCAAAGCCGUUCAUCUCGGUCACCGUUCAAAGCAGCACUGAGUCAGCCCAGGACACCUACCUUGACAGCCAGGACCACAAGAGCGAGGUCAACAGUCAGUCUGGCCUGAGCAACUCCUCUGACAGUUUAGACAGCACUCGGCCCCCCAGUGUGACCCAGGGCAGCAGCGGAGGAACUCAGGCACGGGAAGCACCAGAACUACCCCAGAAAAAUGCAACUCUGAAGAACGACAAAGGAACGUUGACCAGUGAGGAGCCCAAAGCUGAGACCGCCCCCAAAAGGAAACUUUCAUCUAUAGGAAUACAAGUUGACUGCAUUCAGCCAGUGCCAAAGGAAGAGCCACCUCCCGCUACCAAAUUCCAGUCCAUCGGGGUACAGGUAGAGGACGAGUGGCGGUACAGCGGAGCCUCUCACAGCAUGUCCUCCAAGCGGGACACUGACUCAGACACGCAGGAGGCCAAUGACUCCAGCUGUAAAUCCUCCGAGAGGAGUCUGUCUGACUGCCCCCCCCACCACAACUCCAUCAACAUCGACACCAACCCCCGGCCCUCCGUCAAGGCCUCCCAGAUCAAGCGCAACCUCUCCUAUGGAGAUAACAGUGACCCAGCCCUGGAGACAUCCUCCCUCCCCCCACCCGACCCCUGGCUAGAGACAUCAUCCAGCUCUCCCCUGGAGCCUUCCCAACCUGGGGCCUGCCGGAGGGAUGGCUACUGGUUCCUGAAGCUGCUCCAGGCAGAGACAGAAAGGUUAGAAGGAUGGUGCUGUCAAAUGGACAAGGAGGCCAAAGAGAACAAUCUCUCUGAAGAAGUCUUAGGGAAAGUUCUCAGUGCUGUUGGCAGUGCCCAGCUAUUGAUGUCUCAGAAAUUCCAGCAGUUCCGGGGUCUUUGUGACCAAAACUUGAACCCUGACUCCAACCCUAGGCCCACAGCCCAGGACUUGGCUGGGUUUUGGGACCUCUUGCAGCUGUCCAUUGAAGACAUCAGUAUGAAGUUUGAUGAGUUGUACCACCUUAAAGCAAACAGCUGGCAGCUGGCGGACCCCCCCGAGAAGAAGGAAGAGAAGAAACCUCCCCCUCCUGUGCCAAAGAAGCCAGCCAAGUCUCGAACAGCUCUGAACCGGGACAAGGCCUCGGACUCUGGGGACAGGCAACGACAGGAAGCCCGAAAGCGUCUCUUGGCCGCCAAGAGAGCCGCAUCGGUGCGGCAGAACUCCGCAACAGAAAGCGCAGACAGCAUCGAGAUCUAUGUCCCGGAGGCCCAGACCCGACUUUGAGCCAAGGAAACAGAAGAGGGAAGGAACACAUGCAAUUUUUAAAUCAUUAAAGCGCAAAUGAAAUAACUCCCACCCUUCAGUGUGAUUAUUCAGUCUAGAGACACCGGAGCCAACUUUAAAACAAAAAUUACCAGUUAAUGAAAGGGCUCGAAUUUGGCUUUUUCUCUCUUCCCCUUCUUCCCAGCUUUCAGUGAUGAAGACUUGAAACCAACAAGCACUACGGAACAUCUUCUCUUACUGAAGGCAAUAUUGCCAUGUGGACUGGACAGACAGACUCCUGCCGCUCCCCCUUCGUGGGCCCAGGCUCCAGACUAUGGAUCUUUUUGCCUGUUGUGUUUCAUGAGAAAUGAUUAGUUUUAUUUACAAGAUACAGGACAGAAAAAGAAUCCUGAGCAGCCACUAUGGUCCCAGGCACACCCAUGUCUCUCGUCCCUGCCCAUCGGUCCGGUCCUCUUUGUUUUUCCCUUUUCCUCUCCUCCCUCUCCCCCCCAGACCUCCCCUGAGGUGAGGAGGGCUCCCGCCUUCUGGGGGGAGGGCGGUGCUGAGAGCCCUCCAUUCUAUCCAGUGCGUCAGUGUUUUUUCUCUUCUUGCCAUCAGGAAUGGGAAGGAAAGGGGACAGGAACGAGAAGAUGGGGAGGGAGGGAUGAAUGGGUGUGCCAUGGUGGCCCCCAGCCCACCCAUGGUCCAUGGUUCUUUUGUUAACGGGAAGCAACUUUCCAGGAGCGGAAAAUGGGAGCAGAGCUCUUCUGGGGGGCAUGCCGGACGGAGGUUUGAAGUCAGUGGACCUGGGUUCGGAUCUCGGUUCUGACACAUUACCUGCGUGACCUUAAACGAGUCACUCUCCCCUCUGGGCCUCGGCGGUGAAAAUAGAGGGACUAGACAGGAUCUCUUUCAGCUCUCCAUCCUCUGAACCCUCCCCAAAGGCCCGGCACGGGAGGCUAAAGAAUGUACCAGCCGCUUUCUUGCCCCCUUUCUUCAGCCCUCCCCUUCCUCGGUGGAGGAACAGGAAUGGGGGGAGCCAACUGUGCCGGGGAGGGACGGCCGGGGCUCCCGUCACGCCUGGUUGCGGACGCGUGUGUACAUAUGCACAUAGACCCCCCUCCCCAUAGGAGCGGUAUCCUCUGCGCACACAGACACACGCAUGUGCGCCCCACACACGCGAGCCGCGGGUGUGUGAAGAGCAUCUAUUUUUACAUGUACAAUAUCUAGGCGUGUGUAAGAGUGAGUGUAAAAAUCCAUACCUUGGUGUUAGCAGCUUUUCCCCCUUGUUAGCCCGUGCCUAGAGGGGAGCGAGGGGCAGGCAGACAGGCAGACCCUUCCCAUUUCAGGUUUUCUAACUUUGAAGCCCCUCACGGCGGGCGGCGCGGAAUUGCCAGAACUCAAACCCGCUCCCUGGGCUCCCCUGCUGGCCUAGACUCGGCCAGCAGCUCCUCUAGACCCUCAUCCCAGAAGAACAAAAAAGAAAAACCAGCCCAGGAGUUCGGGAAUCAGGAGAGCGCGUGCGGUGCGCUCGGUGCCCCACCCCGCAAAUGCUGUAUACUGUGUAUAUGUCUAUAUGGCAUUGCAGGCUUCUCUGUGUAGGCCUAGUCACGAAUGAGCACUGGAAGGAGUCAGGAGGCCUGGGUUCCAACCCCCAGCUCUGCCACUUUCUGUGACCUUGGGCAAGUCACUCGACCUCUGUGUGCCUCAAAUUUCCUCCUCUGUACAAUGGGGAUAGUCCCCGCCCCUCCCUACCUCACAGGCAUGUUGUGAGAAUAAAUAGGGUCACGUGUA